CGUGCGCAGACGCCCGCUGUCACGCAACACCAUUCGCCACCACCGCCGCGGCUGGGGAGACGGGAGUAGGUAAACUGGGUUUUAUUUCACAGAAAAUAAACUUUUCUCCAUCAUGUCGGGAUUUGACAGCAACCCGUUCGCUAGCCCAGUGGACGUUAACCCUUUCCAGGAUGCUUCAGUCACACAAGCCACCAGCGGAGCCGCUGAAAGCCUCAGGGAGUACAACCCAUUCUCUGCACCUGAGAUGGGAAACCACUCUGGAACAACCAUCCCCAUCACUGCUGCCUCCUCCCAACCAGCCGUGCUGCAGACCUCUGUAGAGCAGAGCGCAAAAGCUUCUGCAGCAGCUGCUCAGGCUAACCUGAUCAAACAGCAGGAGGAACUAGAAAGGAAAGCAGCUGAGCUGGAGCAAAAGGAGCAGGAGAUGCAGAACAAAACCACAAGCAGAGCACAGAACAGUGGAGCUAAAGAGAACAACUGGCCACCUCUUCCAAAUUUCUUCCCUGUGAAUCCCUGCUUCUACCAGGAUUUUGAAGAGGAAAUCCCAGAGGAAUAUCGCAGAAUCUGCAAGAGAAUGUACUACCUCUGGAUGUUCCACAGUUCCACUCUCUUCCUCAACGUGCUGGCCUGCCUGGCUUAUUUCACUGCAGACUCUCAGUACGGUGUAGACUUCGGUCUCUCCAUCCUUUGGUUCAUCCUUUUUACUCCUGUGUCCUUCAUCUGCUGGUACAGGCCUGUCUACAAAGCUUUCAGGUCUGACAGCUCCUUCAGCUUCUUUUUCUUCUUUUUUGUUUUUUUCUUUCAAGUGGCAGUAUACAUUAUCCAAACAGUGGGGAUUCCCAAGUGGGGAAACAGUGGAUGGAUCUCAGCAAUCAGCAUGAUACCUAAAAACUUGGCAGUUGCUGUGGUUAUGAUGGUAGUGGCUGGUUUUUUCACUGUUAACGCUGUCCUGGCUGUCAUCCUACUGAAAAUGGUGCAUGGCAAGUACAGAAGGACAGGUGCCAGUUUCACCAAAGCUCAGCAGGAGUUUUCCCAAGGGGUCAUAACCAACCGAAGCUUCCAGAAUGCUGCCGCAAGCGCUGCCACCUCUGCUGCUCAGGGAGCCUUUGGCAGGAGCCAAGGGAAUUAGAGUGCUCCUAUGUACUCAGUGCCUCAGGCCAGUAUCCUGACCAGCAUACAAGGUGAGCCAUGCCCCAACAUUAUUCAGUAGUCUUAAGGGGCUUUAGGUUGUUUUUAGGAAAACAGCCAAAAACAAUUAGUAAGUAAUCAAAAAUUCUGCCUUGUGAGGUUUCCCCAUUCUCCACUUCGAAACUAUACAUUGAAAGAGACUUUGGAAACAUACAGAAUUAAAAUAAGUGAGGAGUCAUGUUUGGUACUGGUUGAAUUGUUGACCUCCUUUCAGUGCACAGCACAUCUGACAUUCAGAUUAUCAGAAGUUAUUUUGGGAAAAGUACUGAAGGAAAUAAAAGCAACACAUUCUAAACAAGAGGUCGGUGUGGUUUUAUUCAAAUUCUGUCAUUAAAGAUGCUGGAGAGAAUUUUUUUUACAUGAACUCUUCAUUUAUUAAAAUCAUACAGAGGCCUUGAAGAAUAAACUCUCUGGAUCAUAUCAAAAGCAAUACUAGACAUAAAAAUGUUUUCCCAUCAGUGAAUGAUGAGGCCACAUAAUGUCCCUCACCUUUAUAGCAACAUGAUUUAGAAUAACAAGUGUAUACUGCAUACUACAUACCAAGUGUGUGUAUGUAUGUAUGUAUAUAUAUAUAUAUAUAUGCAUGCAUGCAACUCUACUGGAUGGGCUGAUGAAGGUGAUGGGAUGAAGGUCUGUCUUGGUUCUGUUUUAAUCAGUUGAAUGAAUUUGGAUGAAGUGAGGUUUAAAAGGUAAAUGAAGAUUUCCUUGUAAGGGGAGAGGUGUUGCAUUUAAAUCAUGUUGAGUUUGGAAGAGGAGCAUUUUUUUCCACAGAGUCUACCUGUAAUUACAAAUGAAGUCAUGCAUGUUUGAUGCAACAUUACUGACAUAGACUUUAGGUGUAUAAGUGCAUUAAUGAGCUGAAAGAACACUAUACUUAUACUGUACAUAAGUGUUGCAGAUAGUUGUUAUUACUUGUUGGGUAUUGUUAUUUUCAAGUUUGUACAUGUAAAUAUAUCUGACUUAAUGUUACUGUAACACUGAAUUAUGUUUAGAUGUCAACAUCAGUUCCUUGAAGAGGAUAUCAAUUGUGUGGGGAUUUGAGUGUCUGCUCUGAUUGUGACUUUAUAGAAAUAUUUGUAUUAUGGUGAAGUUUUGUCAUGAUCAGAAUGUAUAUUAAGAUUAAUUGUAAAUAUUUGACUUAUUUAAAACUUAUUUACUGGAUGGAUAUUUGUCGAGAAUUGGUUUUCAGUCAGAAUAUUAAAUAAAAUGUUCAAAAUUUGAUUUCAUUAUAUUCUGGUAAGACUCAGUCAUGCUGUACAUCUUGAGUGUGUUAAUUACAUGAUGGAUAACAAGGUCCUUGUAAUUUAGACUUGGAAGGUUUUAACUCCGUGUAGUAUCAUAUUAUGUCUGUCAAGUCUUCUGAUUAUGUCAGGUAAAUUGUAAGCAUGUUUUUGUUUGUAACUUUUCAUUACUUUGAUUUAUUUUCCUACUUAACUGUUGACAUCUCAUUGGCAAAUGAAUUACAAUGAUGACCUUGAUCUUAACUGUGGGUUGUAUGUGAAUAAACUUUACCUAAUUAAAUUCUC